UUUCAUUCUCCUUACGUCCUACCCUUUUGCGGCCCAAACGCCUUUAAAGAGGAUGGGAACUUCCCUUUAACGACACCAAUACAAGUGUAUUCUUUAAUUGAGGAAAAAAUUAUAUUUCUGCAAAUGCGUUCCUCCGUAAUUACCCCUUUUCGUAAAGAAUUUGUACAGCAACUUUUAGAAUGGUUUCAAAGUGAGGAAAUGGAAAAGCUUAUUUUGCUUAGUAGCAGUGAUCUCGGCAAUUAUCUUCAAGAACGAUUGCUUCAGUCACCUUUUCGUUGUCUUUGUUCUGCUUCUUUCACAAAGUCAUUAGGAGCUAAGUCUUCUCUGCUUAAAAAUUUCUGGCCCGACUUAAAGGAAGAUAACUUUUUUACCGAAAUUAAUCAAUAUAAGAAUUCUCGGCUUCCCUUUUCAAUAGGAGGAAUCACAAGAACUUUAUAUGAGGAAUGUGAGAAAAAAAAUCUUUCCCUAGUAAUCCUGAUCAUGUUCUGCGCCGAAGGAGACAAUGCCAGUGAAGCUUUUCGAUUUGCCCAGCAAAUGGAUGCGUGGCUCGAGCUGAGACGCAAGUAUCAGCGCAAGAACCGACCUUUGGCUGAAUGGAACGCGCCGAUAUCGUGGACGGCCUUCUACGGGAGCGCCGCCUCCGAAAUUAUAUACUGA